UUCUCUCUCUCGGCUCGCGCGCGGCUACGGUGGGGAGGCCAGGUAUAAAAGGCGGCUCCCGCCGAGGAAAGGGUUGAAAGUUGGUCUCUUUUGUAGUGCAUGAUGAAGUGCUUCGUUCUACUCUCUGCUGUGCUCGCUCUGGGUGCGGCCCAGGAGAGCUUCAAGUGUCCAGAUGACUACGGCUUCUACCCUCACAGCAAGUCGUGCGACAAGUACUGGAAGUGCGAGGACGCUAAGGCUGAGCUGAAGACUUGCGGCAACGGCCUCGCCUUCGACGCCUCCGAUCCCAAGUACCUGACCGAGAACUGCGACUAUCUGCACAACGUCGAAUGCGGCGACAGGACUCAGAUCGAGCCGGCCAUCAGCACGCCUCACUGCCCCCGCCUGUACGGAAUCUUCGCCGACGAGGCCAAAUGCGACGUCUUCUGGAACUGUUGGGACGGUGAAUCCAGCCGCUACCAGUGCUCCCCCGGCCUGGCCUACGACCGCGAAUCUCGCGUCUGCAUGUGGGCUGACCAGGUGCCCGAAUGCCGCAACGAUGAGGUUGCCGGAGGAUUCAGCUGCCCCGCCGCUGGCGAGAUCGCCAACUCUGGCACCUUCUCGCGUCACGCUCACCCCGAUGACUGCCGCAAGUACUACAUCUGCCUUGAGGGAGUGGCCCGCGAAUACGGAUGCCCCAUCGGCACCGUCUUCAAGAUCGGAGACUCCGACGGAACCGGAAACUGCGAAGACCCCGAGGAUGUUCCCGGAUGCGAGGACUACUAUGGUGACCUCGACCUCAAGUCGAUCCGCAAGAGCGAGCUGCAUGCCGGUGUGACCACCUCCAAGCAUACCAAGAAGACGUCGGUGCCCAAGGCCGCCGCCCCCUCCCGCCCCGCUGCCGCCCCCGCGGCGAGGCAGCAGCCCUCCAGCAGCAACAACAACCACAACAACAACAACAACCACAACAACGACGACAACUAAACUCGUCACCAUUUAAGAGUGUUGUUUUAACUCCCAUCUCCAGCCCCCUCUGCCCCCUUCCGCCCCACUUGGCUCCUCUGGACCGAAGCAGUCAAACGAAAUUGUCCGCCCCCAGGGUCCGACCCGCCCCCGGUGCAUGCGAGGCUAGCUAAUCUCUAUGCUCUCUGUCUCUGUCGAUCCUUUCGAGAAUCAAACUCUAUAUGCUAUAAUUUUUGCUCUCACGCUCCGUGUGUUUUGACGCGCAGCGAAGACUACUACGGAGACGUCGACGUGAAACAGCUCAAGAAGCUGGGCUACUAAAUCGCCAUCGCCCGCCCACCCCUCCCCAAUAUUUGACUGCCUAUUUUGUACUGUGUGCGUGUUUUAUUAUGUAAAUAAAGAGAAAAAAGAAUAAUUAUGUAAUUAAACAUUAAAAA